AUGAUAUUUCUGUAUUCUACAAGAAAAGAAAGUAGUAAAAGUAGAUAAUUGUGUUAUAUUUUGUAGUGCUAUAGUUUUAAAUAAAUAAUCAACUUAGAGCCUUCCUUAUCAUGAGAAGAGAUAAAUUAAAACUUAGUAAUAUAAAUUUAUAAUAAAGGAAUAUAUAAUUUAGGAAUCGAACUUUCGUUCAUUAAAAGGGAAUUAAGAAUUUCUAAGAAUAUUUUCAAGUAUAAAACUUUUUAAAUUUGCUGGGGGUUCAUUUUAACUUUGUUAGUACCUAAAUACAAACCUAUUAUAAUUGAUUAUUAAUUAUGUCAGUAAAAGGGAAAAUAAUGAAUGCAAAUAUAAAAUCUUUAGUAUUAUUCAUAUAAACUUCAAAUUAAGAAUGAAAGGUAAGAAAAAUCAAUUCAAAUGA